UCUUCAUCUUCAUCCUUGUUACCUUGUAAGUUGUAACUUGUUCAGGUUUUGAAGCAGAGAGUGCCUUCCCUAUCUGCAAUCUUCUGUGUGUUAUUCCAUCCUGGUUCACCUCAAAAUGGCGGUAGCACCCUACACGACCGGUUCUGCACCGCGUAUUUGUCCUCCUCCUAGUUGUGGCACUAAACUCUACUCCGGAUUGAAACUUCAAUCUGCAACUCCUUUUGGAGCGGAUAAACCUAACGUAACCGCUGAGUUUUAUGGAAAAGUUCACAAGAUCCUUCAGUGCCGGUAUGCUAACCACAAACCAGCAAGGGCACAAAUUCAAAUGAUGCCCAUAGGGACUCCUAGAGUCCCUUAUAGGACACCUGGUGAAGGAACUUGGCAAUGGGUUGAUUUAUGGAAUGCCCUUUAUCGAGAACGUGUUAUCUUCAUUGGACAAGAGAUAGAUGAAGAAUUUAGUAACCAAAUAUUGGCAACUAUGCUGUAUCUUGACAGUAUAGACAACUCUAAGAAGCUCUACAUGUACAUCAACGGUCCUGGUGGGGAUCUUACACCAAGCAUGGCUAUCUAUGACACCAUGCAGAGCUUGCAGAGUGCUGUAGCCACCCAUUGUGUUGGCUAUGCCUAUAAUCUUGCAGCUUUUCUUCUUACAGCUGGAGAAAAGGGCAAUCGUUUUGCAAUGCCUCUUUCAAGAAUUGCUCUCCAAUCUCCAGCAGGAGCUGCUCGUGGUCAGGCUGAUGACAUUCGUAAUGAAGCAAAUGAACUUCUUAGAAUCAGAGAUUACCUUUUCAAUGAAUUGGCUAACAAAACAGGCCAGCCUAUUGAGAAGAUUACCAAAGACCUGAGCAGGAUGAAACGCUUCAAUGCACAGGAGGCUCUUGAAUACGGGCUCAUUGAUCGGGUUGUCAGGCCGCCCCGCAUUAAGGCUGAUGCACCCCCCAAGGAUGCAGGCACAGGUCUUGGUUAAGAACGCAUGGUUUGUCACCCAUAUUACUGAGUAAUAUUGCAGAAUCAUAGUGUUUUUCAUUUUUUUCCUUCGUCAAUUUGUGGAAUGUGUAUAAUAUUUGGAUAGUUAGAACUUGUUGGCUGGAUAUUGAUGCUUGUUUAGAAAUGAAUGAAUUCCAGUUCUUAAUGAAAGCAGUGACA